AUGGUGAAAGUAAUUUUAUCACUAUUAUUACUUCUUUUGGGAAUUAAUGCUAAAAAUUAUUUUGCCAGAAUCCCUGAAGGUAAGGGAGAUUUCGACAAUGUUAUUACAGACAUCUGCAUAAACGGUAGGAGAUAUUAAUUUAGAGGCCAAAACACGAAGAAUAAACGAGUCGUUGAGCAGAGAAUUGGCCAUCAAAUGUGGAAGAUCGACUGGAAAUAAAGUCAAGGACAAUCAAGGACGAUUGUAUCCUUGGGCUGUUUCGAUAACUCUAAGGGCAAGCAAUAGAAAAUAAGGUAUUUAUACCCCUUUCAGAACAAAAAUACUCUGGGAGGUGCUAUAAUCUCGCCUUAUCACAUCAUAACUGCCGCCCACGGAUUCCUUCGAUUUGACGUUGAUCAUCCUGGACCUUGUUUGUAAGUUGGUAUGGGAUUAUCAAUUGUUUUGACUUCAUUCCAGAGUGACCAGUUACAAAAACGAAAGUGAAGUUCUGAUCAAGAAAGUUGCCUUUGGCGAUGAUUGUAUUCGAUCUGCAGUAACUAGAUUGAGCAGCAAGAAUCUUUGUGGUAUUAGCAAAAUUCAAACAGCAAAAGUAAGAAAAUUUCGUAUUAAAAUAAGCAUUUCAUAUAUUACACUAGCCAUCAAGCUUUUAGAUUCGAAUGGUCGCUAUUGAUCAUGGAUUUGCAAUGGGGCUGUGUCAAGAAGGUCACGAUUGGGCGAUAAUUGAAUUGGAAGAGCCCAUCGAAUUCGACAAUUACACCUCACCCAUAUGCCUUCCAUUCCCAGGACAGCCCGUCCAGCCAGUGGUGACUGCAAUCAGUUGGGGAAGGACUAGCAGUGAGUUAAACAUUGUAAUGAUACGACUCAAGAGACAUAUUUGAUUAAAAAAUUACAGUAUACUACGAGAGUGACCCUUUGAUCCGCGAGAUCCCCAUGCAAUCCGACCCCUCUUGUUCCGCUCCAUGGUCGGAUCAGAUGCCCACAAAAGUCAUGGAUUAUUUGUGCGCCAAAUCUCUGGACCCGGGGAAUUGGAAUUCGAAAAGAACUUGCCAUGGAGAUUCGGGAUCUGGUCUUCAGCAAGUAGAUUCUCAUGGUCUGUACACUCUGGUGGGCGUGACUUCUUUCGGAUCAGUUGGAUGCCCUCCAAAUGAGUUGGCCAGAUUUACGCGGAUCUCCAAUUAUCUCGAAGAUAUCUGUGAAUUGACGGGAGUGUGUUAUACUGUCUAG